CGGGUCACAAGAUAUAACGUUUCCGCGUUCUCUUAGCAUAUUAGCAUUUAGCAACCUGCUCUGUUGGAUUAUUUGCACAUAACUCAGACCUCGUUCAUUGUUUCCUAAACGGCGAAUCCUCAACACAAGACAGAAAGUGGUGUCAGGUCUGGUCAAGGGUCGUCGAACAGUUAAUGCACAGAGUAAAGAGGCGGAAAAUUGAAGACAAAAGAGAAGACAGCCCUGAAAGACUGGCACUGGCAGGCAUGACGGGGCCUGAAGAGCUCUCUGACAGCACAGAGGUGGUGGAAAUGGACGACGUGAAUCCCAAUAGGUUCCAGGUGGAGAAGCAUACCUGGGAUGGCCUGAGGAAGAUCAUCCACAACAGCCACAAGAACACACGCGUGGUUAUCAACAAAGCGCCACACGACUUCCAGUUCGUCCAGAAGGAUGAGACCAGUCCGCAAUCCCACCGCAUUUACUACCUUGGAAUGCCUUACGCCAGCAGGGAUAACGCUUUACUCUACUCCGACAUUCCCAGGAAGGUCCGCAAAGAUGCUCUAUUGGUUUUGUCAUGGAAACCAAUGCUGAAUCACUUUCAGGCCAGCCCUCGCGACGGGAGCUUCUCUCGGGAGGAGGAGCUGCUGCGAGAGAGGAAACGUUUGGGGGUGUCUGGCAUCACCUCGUAUGAAUACCACCGACCCAGCGGCCUCCUGCUGUUUCAGGCCAACAGCAGCCUGUACUACUGCAGCGACGGUGGAGACAACACUUUCACCACUACUCCAAUGCGUCCUGUUGAGAUUAAGAGCGAGAGUCCAGGAACACGCAUGGAUCCCAAGAUCUGCCACGGGGACCCCAACUUCAUCGGCUUCAUCAACAACAACGACAUCUGGGUGACCAGCAUUGAGACGGGGGAGGAGAGGAGGCUCACGUUCUGCCACAAAGGUAUUGAUAACCCAAAAGAGGACACCAAAUCUGCCGGUAUAGCGACGUUUGUUACUCAGGAAGAGUUUGACCGUUUCACCGGAUACUGGUGGUCCCCAGCUGCUCGUGAAGAAUCCGAUGGGGGUAAAACUCUGCAGGUUCUGUACGAGGAGGUGGACGAGUCUAAUGUCGAGAUCAUUCAUGUUCCAUCUCCAGCUUUGGAGGAGCGCAAGACCGAUGUCUACAGAUACCCAUGUGCAGGCAGCAAGAAUCCCGACAUUACUCUCAAAAUAGUAGAAAUCAGGACUGACAAUCUCGGCAAAAUUAUCAGCACACAGGAGAAGGAGUUGCCUGCUCCCUUCACCACCCUGUUCCCUUGGGCCGAGUAUAUCACCAGAGCCGGAUGGACCAAAGACGGCAGAUAUGCGUGGGCGGUGAUGAUGGACCGGCGGCAGCAGCGCCUCCAGCUCGUCCUGCUGCCUCCGGCGCUCUUCAUCCCUGCUCAUCAGGCUGAGGCCAGCAGGCAGGAGAGCCUGGAGGCCCUCGGAGACUCUGUCCAUCCCUUAAUCAUCUACCAGGAGACCAGCGACAUCUGGAUCAAUGUCCACGACAUCUUCAAUCCAUUGGUCCAAACCAGUGAUGAAGAGAUCACCUUCGUAACCGUGAAUGAAUCAAAAACAGGGUUCUGCCACCUGUAUAAGAUCACGAGCAUGUUGCAGCGGGGCAGCUACGCCUGGGCCAACGGCUACACACACUCUGAAGAUGAUUUCAAGUGUCCAGUCAAAGAGGAGGUGACAAUCACCAGUGGGGAGUGGGAGGUGCUGGCCAAUCACGGAGCGAAGCGUUCGUCCAGUCCUCAGAUUUGGGUGGACGAGGCAGCGAGGCAGGUUUACUUCCAGGGAACCAAAGACUCUCCUCUGGAGCAUCACCUCUAUGUCGUCAGCUACGACUCGCCGGGGGAAAUCGUCCGCCUCACCAAACCUGGCUUCUCCCACAGCUGCUCAGUGAGCCAGACUUUUGACCUGUUCGUCAGUCAUUACAGCAGCUUGACCACAGCGCCCUGCGUUCACAUCUACAAGCUGCAGGGCUCCGAGGACGACCCGCUGCACAAAGAGCCGCAGUUCUGGGCGAGCAUGAUGGAGUCCUCUGGUUUCCCAAUGGACUACACUCCUCCAGAGAUCUUUAGCUUCACAGGGAAGUCUGGAUUCGAGCUGUACGGCAUGUUGUACAAACCGAGCAAGGUCGUCCCCGGCAGGAAGCAUCCCACUGUGGUGUUUGUGUACGGCGGACCGCAGGUCCAGCUAGUGAAUAACUCGUACAAAGGAGUGAAGUACCUGCGGCUGAGCACGCUGGCGUCUCUUGGCUACGCCGUGCUGGUGAUCGAUGGACGAGGCUCCUGUCAGAGAGGACUCAAGUUUGAAGGAGCUGUGAAAGACAAAAUGGGUCAGGUGGAGAUUGAAGACCAGGUGGAGGGCUUGCACUAUGUGGCUGAGAAGUACGCGUUUGUGGACCUGAGUCGUGUUGCCAUCCACGGCUGGUCGUACGGAGGCUUCCUCUCCCUCAUGGGCCUCAUCCACAAACCGGACAUUUUCAAGGUUGCCAUCGCAGGUGCUCCGGUGACACUGUGGAUGGCGUACGACACCGGAUACACCGAGCGGUAUCUGGACACGCCUGAGAAAAACCCCAAGGGUUACGAGGCUUGUUCCGUCGCCCUGCACGUCGACAAGCUCCCCAAUGAGCCCAACAGAUUGCUGAUCCUGCACGGGUUUCUAGAUGAGAACGUGCACUUUUUCCACACCAACUUCUUGGUGUCUCAACUCAUCCGCGCAGGAAAACCAUACAGCCUGCAGAUUUAUCCCAACGAGCGACACAGCAUCCGGUGUCCAGAGUCUGGAGAACAUUACGAGAUUACGCUGCUGCACUUCCUCCAGCAGAACCUCUGAUAAGCCUUUCCACACACUGACCUUUCCUCCCUCGCUUCCUAACCUCCUCUCCUUGUCUCUUCUUUCCAUUUCCUUCAUUUAUUUAAACCUGCAUCUCCUUUCACUUGGUUUUAUGAUUUGCUGAAUGCAAGCUAUGCCUCGUAGCAGCUCAAUAGUUGUUUGGCAGUUUUAAAGGUGCUUUGUUUUUUAGCAUCAUUGAAUGAAUACGAGAUUUGAAUAUCAUUACCAUAAAGGAGACUAUCUCUGAGAGAAAGUGGUCUUGUAGUCUUAACACUGUAUUUACAGUGAGGGGAAAUCUGCUGGGAUGCUUAGAGGCCCCGUAACAAGCAGAGGGCGCCGUUCACCCUAAACACAGGGCUGGAACUUUCUGAGAUUGAUGUGAUGGCAGACGGUGACACAAAAACCAUCACAGUGGGACAGUUGUGUUCAAAAUGCUGCUCGGUGCUCCAUUACUAGAACUUUAUCAGCAAUGCAAAAAGUACAGAAGUGGCUGCUGGGCUCAGUAUUCUCUUUUUUUCGUGCCAUUCCUUUUUUUAUUGAACUUUCUUGGAACCCAUUUGAUAUAGUUAUCAUUUUCUGUGUCUGAGAAUAAACACUGGAGUAAAUUAGUCAUUGUAAAGCUCUAAAAGAGCAUACAAGCAAGCUCUUAAAUCCCCUAGUGUACUCUGUGCCCUCAUGUGCCAUCAAAUACUUUUUAUGUGCUGUGCCACACUUUUCCACAUAAAAAAAAUAAAUAAUCACAGGCCACGAUUUUAUUGUGUUGUAAAAAAAAAUAUUUUAUGCAAUCAUAAACAAUUGAAAUAUGUAGCGACAUGUUGCUGUUUCACUCACUCGCUUGCUUUAUUUUCCGGGGAGCUUCUCUUUCUUCUUCUUCUGCUGCUGAGGACUUUUGCACAUAUUACGUAUAUUUGCCUUGGUGCCAACAAACUGACCUAUAAGAUGAUGUAUGACACAGCUGUUGGCAGUAUGAGGUGCCUUGCUCGUAAAGUAUAUAUCAGGGAAUCUGUCUGAGGACCUACGAGAAUAAAAUGCCUUUUUACGUGUGUGUCUGAUGACCAUCUGCAAGAUGAGCUGCCAUGAACUCAUCAUGGUUAAAUGUACUCUCAGAUAUGGAAGAAAUAAACAGAAGUGAACAAUA